AUGUCAGAAAUUCAAAAUUGUGAGCUUUGUAACACAAUUUUUGAAAAGCCACAAUCAUUAUCAUGUGGCGAUACAUUGUGUUUAAAUUGUGUUAAUAGCGAAAAAAAGAAACAAGGUGAAUUAUGGAAAUGUCCAUUGUGUAAAGAAGAGGUUACAGUCCAUUUUUUAAAUAAAAAACUAAAUUUGAUAGUUGAGGAUUUUAAAAAAAAACAAUGCAAGAUUCAUAAAAAACAACAUAUCAUCGCAAUUUGCCAAGAUUGUCAAUGUUUAGUAUGUAAAGAGUGCACAACUAGUUUUAAUCACAGAGGUCAUAUAUUUGGCACUAUUACAGAGCAGCAAUUCAAUGAAAUCUAUAAACAAUUUGGUAAAGAACAAUUUCAACAUCUUUUAAAUUAUAAAAAAGAUAUUUUAGAAAGAAAAGAAAGGGUAAUUAGCAAUUUUGAAAAAGCUAAACAAGAAAAUAAACAACAGAUCGAAUUGGUUCAAGCUACAUUCUCAGAUUUGGUUCAGUUCAUUUUAAGUGCUCAAGAAGAAAUCGAAAACUCUAUCAAUAAAACAAUGGAGGUUAACCAAUUAUCUUUUACAAAAUUAAGCAGCUUAGUAGAUGAUGUCGAAAAAGUUGUAGGUUCAAUUAUAGGUAACAAUGAAAGAUAUUUCAAAUCGAAUUUGGAGAGUCAACAAACCGAAGAAAGAAAAGCAGAAGAGGAAUUGGAUUUAGAAAUUAAAAAAAUAUUUGAAAACGAAGGUUAUAUUUCAAUCAUUGAAGAUUUUACUGAAGCUAACAACCUCUUAAAGUAUCAAUCGAAUAUUAAUCCAGAUGACUUUAUUAAAUCCAAUUUAUUAGUAAACAGUAAAGAAAUUAAUCAGUUAAAAGAUUUAGUAGUUUCAGUUUGCUUAUUUAAAAAACAAUUACCACAACCAUUACCUCCGCCAGUUCGUCGUACAACCAUUGCAAUUAGCAGUGGUAACAGUGUUAAUUCUGGUUUAAUGAAUUCACUCAGCCCAAGGGGUGCACAAAACGAAAAGCUUUUUAAUAGAAACUGUGGUUCGGCAGUAUAUUCUAAAAAUGUUUCAAUUCAAAGUUUUAUUGAGGAGGAGCCAUUAUCGUUCGAUCAAUCUUCAUCAUUUAAAACACCACCAUCAUAUAGUAACGAAAAAAAUAACCAUUAUUCACCAAUUAAAAAGAGUAUUUCUAGUUGUUCAUUAAAUAGCAAUAGUAGUGGCGAAGAGAUUGCAAAUACAAUACAAUCAUUACCAACAGUUAAUACACCAAAUUUAACACCACCAAAACAAAAAACAAGUCCUUCAUUGGCAACUCUUGACACCAAGGCAUCUUUAGGAGUUAUUAAUAAAAUGACCAAAGAUCAAUCAAAUGACUCUACUGUGUUCCUUUGGAAUGUAGUCGACGAAAUUCCAGAAAAUGUAAACUCUAUUUGUGUGACAUCCACUCAAAAAGUUAUACCAAUAGGUUCCAUUCCACCAACAGUUACCUCUUUAAUGUUCUCUGGGUAUAACCAACCAAUUAUCGAGGGUAGUUUAGUAAACUCCAUUACUUUGCUCCAUUUUGGCCAUGACUUCAACUUUGAUAUAAAACCAAAUAUGAUACCUUCAAGCGUUUUAUCACUUCACUUGGGUAAUAGAUUCAAUAAAAUAUUAGCACCUGAUGUAAUUCCCUCAUCUGUAACCGAAUUGAACCUAGGAGAAUCUUUUAACCAACCAUUAUUUGUCGAUUCUAUUCCAACAUCAGUCACUUCACUUUCACUAGGUGGCCAAUUUAAUCAAAAAAUUACUCAGGCUAAUGUAUUGCCUUAUAGUAUUCUUUCAUUAAAAUUCUCGCACGAAUUCAAUCAAGCUUUAUCUCCAGGUGUUAUUCCACAAGGAGUUGCUGUUUUAGAGUUUGGUUAUAACUUUAAUCAAUUACUUUUACCAAAUGUAUUGCCCAAAACCGUUCAUACCCUUAUAUUCGGGUAUUUAUAUAAUCAAAGUUUAGCACCCAACGUAAUUCCACCAUCAGUUACUUCACUCUCAUUUGGUUAUUUCUUUAAUCAACCUAUUAAGAGUAGCGGUAUUAUUCCAUCAUCAAUACAAAGUAUUAGCUUUGGAAGCGGCUUUAGACAAUCACUAACAAAACAUAUGUUCCCAAAACAAAUCAAAUCAGUUUUACUACCAGAUCAUUACAUUGGUAAAUCCGAAAUUUCAGUUAUACCUUCAACUGCAUUAAUUUCUUAUAAACCUAAAGAUUUUUAA